AUGAUAUGCGUGCCUCUCUUUUCGCUUAUUUUUUCCAUUGUGAACGGUUUCAAACCAAUUUGGAUAGGAGAAACGUGUAAAUGAGAAAUGUGAUAUGCAUACAGUAAACAAUCACUAUUUUCAGUUCGCGGACAGUCUUUCCAAUCUCCUGCUCAGAACGCUAUUCUAUCAGAGAACUGCGGGUUUCAAAAAACUGCAAAAAUCAAAGAAUUUCCAUGGGCUGUUUCGUUCACCGUUGAUGUGAGUUUUUUAUUCAAUAUUUUUUCCAUCGUUAAGUUAAGGGCGUAAAUACACUAGGCGGGUCCAUCAUCAGCCCCUAUCACAUUCUCACUGCUGCGCAUGGGUUCAUAACGACAAUUGGAUCUGGAAGAACUUCCCUUUGUACGUCAGUUGAUCUCAAAAAUGCUACGUAUGUUUUUCAAACUUAUUUUUCAAACAUUAUACUUUCUAGGAGAUCAGUAUACCGUUCAAUAGAGUUCCUGCGAGAAACGAGGAAAGUUGCAUACGGCGGAAAAUGUAUUCGCGGCGUCACAACAGAAUAUCCAAAUGAUAAGAAGUGUCAAAAGCCAGAUGUGGAGCAUAACAAAGUUAAAGAAUCUUUACUGUAAACUCUUUAAACCCUCACUUCUCCUAGAUCCGAAGUGUUCUCGUCGAUGGAGACUUUGCAUCAUCUAACUGUAUGGACGGGCACGACUGGGCAAUUGUUGAGGUCGAGAACGAAAUUCAGUUUGGCAAAAAUAUCAUGCCGAUUUGCAUUCCUCAGCGACGAAUGUACUACACAAAGGCCUUGACUGUGCCGGGAUGGGGAAGAAGCUACAGAAAGUUUAUUCGACCCAUAAAUAAGCUAAUUAAUAUUUUUCUAGUUUUCAACGAAAGCGGGCCUUUGAUCCAUGAGAUCCCUAUGCACGUGGAUAGAAAAUGUAAACGACCGUGGAGUGACCGACUACCGUAUGACGCCAAAGAUUACAUCUGCGCAACAUCCAUGGACACGUACAAUUACUCGGCGCCGCGUACUUGCCACGUUCGAACAUUAUCUCUUGACACUUCCAGGUUAAGAAUUAUUUUAAUUUAGGGUGAUAGCGGAGGAGGAUUAGAAUUCCGUGACGACCUCGGACGAGCUCAUUUGAUCGCCAUUACCUCUUUCGGAACUAGAGGAUGUCCGAGCAACAUGCUCGCCAGAUUCACCAGCGUGGAAGUUUAUCUAGACCUUAUUUGUAAAUAUACCGGUGUUUGUUAUUAG